CGAAGGGAUAAACGCAGCGGCAGCGCAGCCUGGGCGCAUGCAGGCUGCUAACCCCAACCCCAGCACACUAGCACCUGCUACUGCGCCUUUGCUUUCUCGCGCUCGAGGACCCUCCUGGAGCCCGCCACCAUCCUGCCCACUACGUGCUGCCUUGCGCCCGCAGCCAUGUGCCGCACCCUGGCCGCCUUCCCCAACACCUGCCUGGAGAGAGCCAAAGAGUUCAAGACACGUCUGGGGAUCUUUCUUCACAAAUCAGAUCUGGGCUCCAAUACUGGGAGUAUUGGCAAAUUCGAGUGGAGCAGUAAACACGGCAAAGAGAAUAGAAACUUCUCAGAAGAUGUGCUGGGGUGGAGAGAGUCGUUCGACCUGUUGCUGAGCAGUAAAAAUGGAGUGGCUGCUUUCCACGCUUUCCUGAAGACCGAGUUCAGCGAAGAGAACCUGGAGUUCUGGCUAGCCUGUGAGGAGUUCAAGAAGAUCCGAUCAGCUACCAAACUGGCCUCCAGGGCACACCGGAUCUUCGAGGAGUUCAUAUGCAGCGAGGCCCCUAAAGAGGUCAACAUUGACCAUGAGACCCGCGAGCUAACGAGGAUGAACCUGCAGGCUGCCACGGCCACGUGCUUCGACACGGCUCAGGGGAAGACACAUACCCUGAUGGAGAAGGACUCCUAUCCACGCUUCCUGAAGUCACCUGCUUACCGGGACCUGGCUGCCCAAGCCUCAGCCGCCUCUGCCCCUCCGUCUAGCUGCAGCCUGGCCGAGCCCUCACACACCUGAGUCUCCAUGGCAGUGAGGAAGCCAGCCGGGAAGAGAGGUUGAGUCACCCAUCCCUGAGGUGGCUGCCCCUGUGUGGGAGGCAGGUUCUGCAAAGCAAGUGCAAGAGGACAAAAAAAAAAAAAAGCACUCCAGCAGCCUGUUUGGAAAACAGCAGCCUCUCCUUCAGAUACUGUGGGACCCAUGCCAGAGAGGGGCUGCCACCUCCAGGACCUGUGAAUAAGGGCUAAUGAUGAGGGCUGGUGGGGAUCUCUGCGGGAAAAGGUGGUGCAGGGGUUAGCACCGGCUCUUGUUCUCACCGGAGAAGGAAGUGUCCCUCCUAACACUCCUGCGUGUCAGUCCGGCCUUGCAGUUACAUCAGGGCCAGCACGCUUAUGAGUUGUUUAUACCUCAAACACUGGCCCGUGAGCCCUUUCCAAGUCAGUGGAGAGCCCUGAAAGGAGGCUCCCUUGAAUCUGUCCCGGUGCUCUGGGUGGCCCCCUGCAGGUGGCCCUGACCCUGUGUUGCAGCAGGGGCCAGCUGUGAGCAGGCCCGUGCCGGGGGCCUCUUGCUGGAUGCCCUCUCUGAGCCCUGGGCUGCCCUUGGAGGCAGGGCCCAGGCGAAGACAGUGUGGAGGCCUCAGGGAGUGGCUUUUCAGCUCUCAUGCCUCGCAGCAUGGAACGAGACAGAAAAGGAUCUUAGGAGACAAAUCUCUUGGCAGUCCCUGAGAGUCCUGCUGAAAUCGAGCCAGUGUGUUUUGUGGGUAUGAGAACAGGCAAAAGCAGAUGCCCUGAGAUUGAAGGGAGCCUCGUGUUUCUUUCCUGCCGACGUGACAUGCACCAUUGAAGUAGGCAGAGGUGGCACAGGACCAUGGCGCCCUCGGACAGAGCGCAGAAGCUGCGGGGAGAGGCUGCUUGGAACCGCGGGACUGUGGGAAGUCAGAACCUGCUUGUCACCUCAGGGCAUCACCGAAUACACAUUUCGUGAUGGGAAUCCUGCAGCAGAGCCCAGGCUGGGGAGGUGAAUUACCCAGGGCAGCCCCCUUGUGGCCCAGGAUAAUCAACGCUCUUCUCUCUGCACCCUAGCUCCUCCAGGAGAUUACUUAAGUGUAUUGUAUCGCUGGUUUUGUGCGAUUGUCGUAGCGUGUUGUUUUUGUUAUUUUGGUGCUGUUAUUUAUUAUUGUAAUUUCAGUUUGCCUCUACUGGAGAAUCUCAGCAGGGGCUGCAGCCUGACUGUCUCCCUCUCUCCACCAGACUCUACCUCUGAAUGUGCUGGGAACCUCUUGGAGCCUGUCAGGAACUCCUCAGUGUUUAAAUAUUUAUUUAUUGUGACAAAUGGAGCUGGUUUCCUAGAUAUGAAUGAUGUUUGCAAUCCCCACUUUCCUGUUUCAGCAUGUUAUAUUCUUAUAAAAUAAAAACAAAAGUCAAAUAUGA